UGACCUGUGACAGCCGAGGCGUCAGUCCUCGGUGCGCCAGUGUGCCGUGUGGAGCGGUCUCGCGCGCGUGCGUCACGCUCACCGAGCAGCACGACGUGGAUCGCGUGGACGCUCAGCUGUCAAACUCUACGUGUAUCGCUCCGACGAGGACCCCUGCUGGUGAAUCAUCGGCGAGAUUCCUGAGAAAGAGAGAGAGAGAGAGAAGAUCGAGUGUGACGAAUCGCGAUCGGAAUCGCGGAAGCGUGCGAUUCCCGGUGACGGUGUCCUGGUUUCCGUGAUCGUAGCGCGUCCGACGUAACUCCCAGUCGGAUUUUCCGUAAGAUGCGCGCCGUCUCCGACUUUCCGGAGGCGAGCGGUUUCUGCCGCGCGGACCGGCCGACAUUCGACGUGUGCGAGUGAGUGACUGGAGAUCGAGAGGAAUACACGAUCCCGUUUCCCUCGUCCGAAGGGCGACGUGCGACGGGCAAACGCAAGACGACGCGAUGGCGGAGCUCGCCAAGGAGACGUUCACCUCGCGUGACUACCACUUGGCGGCUGAGAUGUACGAACGGAACAGCCUGAAGCAGCAGAACACGAACUACGAGGUGCUGCUCGGCUACGGCGACUCUCUGGCCAAGUGCGGUAACAUCAGGGACUCCGUCGGGAUCUACUCGAGGUGUUUGGCCGCGACGUCCGUGCCGGCCGAAAAGUUAAAGCACUUGGCGACCGCGCUGCUGGACGACAUGGCCGGUUCUGGGCCGACCUCCAGACGGAGGAUCGAGGCGUCCUUCGCGUGCCCGCUGUGCGAAGGCACCCUCUGUCAACCAGUGACCGCCGGCUGCGGUCACACGUACUGCAGGAACUGCGUGGACCCAGCGAAGAAUUGUCGUGUGUGCGGGCUGAAGAUCGUCACGGUGGGUGAGACGAACGUGCUCAUACAGAGACUCGUGGAGAGAUGGUGGCCGCGAGAAGUCGAAGCCAGCCGGGCCAGACACGAAGGUGAUAUUCUCGUGAGGAAGGGUCACCUGGGUCAAGCGCUCGAGAGGUACAACCUGGCGGUUCAUCUCGCGCCGAAUAGCCCGCUCCACCUUAGCAACAGGGCUCACGUCUUGCUCCUGUUGAAUAGGCCUUCAGCCGCUCUCACGGACGCUGAUCAUGCAGUUAGAUUGCGGCCGGACUGGGGCAAGGGGCACUACAGGCGGGGAAUCGCUCUGUCGGCGCUCGGCAGGCACGAGGAGGCGCUCUACGCGCUCUGCAUCAGCGUGGCCAUCGACAAGAACCCGCAGGCUGUGCGCCACGAGCUGACCAAGAUCCUGCACAGAGUGCUGUCGCCCGGAGUGUGUCGACAGAACGUUCUGUCGUCACGCACGCCAUAUAGUCUAACGAAGAGCGCGUCACGCACGAGACGCCGUCAUCAGUUAAUGAAUCCCAAACGCAGCAGACGCGCUGCCCUGAACAGGUCCGACUACGAGGACAACAGCAGCGGCGAGGAGGAAUUCUCUCAGACGAUAAGCAGAAGACUUCGGUCGUCCAUCGCGCCGCAAGUCAACACAAAGCUGCAAGCGAGUCUGGAUCGGGUGUACCAGGACAUGGAAAAAUUCAAAAGAAUCGAGCCGAAACCCGCCGAAGUCCUCUUGCCGCCGCUUUCCGGCGGCACUGCCGGGGAAUUGGAUUGCAUCCUGUGUUGUCGCCUGCUCUGGAAACCCGUCACAACACCGUGCGGUCAUACCUAUUGCUGGAUGUGCUUGGAUCGCUGUCUGGAUUAUUCCUCGGCCUGUCCCCUGUGCGUCACAUCGUUGGCUGACUAUCUAGCCAGCAGCCAGAAAACCGUGACAGACUUCGUGGAGAGAGCACUUAAAACGGUGGCGCCCGCGGAAUACACCUCCAGAGCGGUGAGUCAUCAGCUCGAACUGGUCCAGGGACUGGGUCUUUUGGGUAACGAAGAGAUCGCCAUCUUCAUCUGUACGACCGCCUUCCCGUGCGUCGCCUGUCCCCUCUUCGUCUACGAACCUAGAUACAGGCUGAUGGUUAGAAGAUGCGUGGAAAGCGGAGUGCGCCAGUUUGGCAUCGCAGCGUGUCUCAACAAGGACGCGACGGGCACGAAAAGAUAUGCGGAAUACGGCACUAUCCUGGACAUUCGGGAUCGAGUAUUGCUCAAAGAUGGUUGCAGUAUUCUCAGCACGGUCGGCGGUAAAAGAUUUAGGGUACUUUCCGGCGGCGAGAAGGAUGGUUACGACACGGCGCAGGUGGAAUUUCUCAGGGACACCGUCGUACAGGAGACUCAACUCCUGAAUCUCCUGGAGCUUCAUGAUAAGGUGCGAGCGAAAGGUCGGAGGUGGUGGGACACGGUGCCAAGCACGCAGAAAUCCGAGAUCCAACGGGUGUUCGGCCGCAUGCCGGACACGGAGGAGGACUGGCCGCGUCUUCCGGACGGUCCUUCGUGGGCAUGGUGGCUGCUGGCGAUCUUGCCGCUGGGCCCGCAGCUGCAGGUGGGCAUCCUCGGCACCACCAGCCUGGAGAAGCGGCUACGAGCCAUCGAGAAGACACUCGAUCACAUGGAGCAGAGACAGCCGACCGUCGCGGCCGCGCAUUCUGAACGGACCACGACGUCGUCGAGCAUCUGCAUGGACGGAAGGGCGAUCACGUCGACGGCGAUAUCGAUCGUGCAGCAAUCGUAGAGGGCAAUCGUGGAGGAGCGUCGUUCUGUGAUCUGGUGAUCGUGGAUCCCGUAUUUCCAGCGUUCCGCCGGAAACUUCGAGUAACAGAGAACUGCGAUGCCGAGCGAUUACGUUAAGGUACACAUCGAGUGAUUCUUCAAUUGAACAAGCUCCACGACGUAUAUACGUCACUCGAUGACAUCGGUCGCGAGGCGGCACCCUAAUUUCUCCAAUGAUUGCGCGCGAAUCUUGGGAAGAUUUUUGAAUUUACUUCGACUUUUUUCGAGUAUAUUCCCAGUCUUACUCGACUUACAUUAGAAUUGCCGAUGACGCGGUAUUUUCUUUUUUACGUUUCUAAUAUUUUCCACGUCCAAGUCUGCGGAAGGACAUUAUUCGUCGGUCUCUCGUUGUAAGCUGUUCAUUCAGUCGAUCGAAUCUUUUCUACGUCGAUCUCUCGUUCGUUGUCCUCGCCACGUGAUCCUUCGACCGGCCUUGCGACUCUACUCGACGUACAAAGUAAACCGUAGGACCCGUGAACUCCCGGGAUGCCCUGUGAGAAAAUCGGGUCGGUCGAUCGAACUACGCACGAACUUGCUUCUCCAUCUUCGUCCCGGCGAGGGCUUUUCGCGAGCGACUUCUCUCUUUUUAGGUCUAAGUUAAGUUAAGAGUUCCAGCCCGAACACGCAUCCUUGCAUCCCGUGCUCGCGAAAUCUUCUUCGCUGAGCGUCUUAUCGACGGGACCGCGGGAUAAAAUGACAGGCGAGUCAUUCGCUUGAAUCAAUGCGAAACUCGCAGAUUUCUCAAGCGAAGCAAAAUUUGCCGGCGAUUUGCGGCCACGUCGUGUAACCGUUGACAUAUCUAAGAGAGAUGGAAAGAGGGCCCAUUGUGCGUCCCCUCGAUAAGUCGCGCCGAUCCUCUUCGCGCUAUCGCAAUACGCAAAUCUGUUCUUCCAAAAUAUUAUACGAAUAUAUAUAUUAUGUAUACUUACAUAUAUAUAUAUAUAUAUAUAUAUAUAUAUGUAUACACAUAUAUUUAUGUAUACAAGUACGUAUGCAUACACGUGGCAAUCGGAAGUAAGCGAUCCCGCUUGAAACGUGUCGCAAUCAGCGUGAAUAAUGAAAUCGAGUGUGAUGCGUAGCGUGUUGCGAAUGAAAUAUCUAGUUGAUCGGAAUUCCAGCUUUGGAUUCGGCAAUGUUUAAUUGACCGACUGCGGUGAAAAUUAAGUCAACGCUUUAUCGUUUGAACAAUAUUCAAUAUUCAAUGUAUGAACGAUUAGUCAAUGUUUUCUCUGCUCGUUGAGGGACUUGCUUCCGUUUCACGUAGAUGCAUCGAAAUCUCGUGCACGAAGAUACGUCAGUGAGCGAAUGCAUCGAGUGGAGAACGUGAGACAUCGACGAGGAUGACGUUGAUGACGCGAGGUAAACCUUCGCUUACAUUCAGCUGGCAACCCGGCUCCUUCCCCAAUGAUUCCUUAUGCGCCAAAUGUCUAUGGAUUUUGCAACUUGCGAAUUUGGCGUCGAACGAAUGCCUCGAAUCUCAAAUUGCGCGCGAAUUACGGAAACGACGAAUUCGCCGGCGGCGAAUUCGCGACGUAGUCACACUGGUGCAAUCGCUCCGCGGACGUUCCACGAGAGUCUGCCGGUACAAUCACGCGCAGAAGCGCGAUUGUAGAAAGAAAGAAAGAAUUUGAUAUAUCCGCAGCGAGAUACUCGGAAGAGUAAUUUCGAAUGCGGGCGAAAUCCUCUCGGGCUCUUCGACUCGUCAUUGCACGAUCAUGAAUCACGGGGACUUUUCCGAUCGCACCGACGAUCGCCGUAUAGAAUUUAUAUUACACAACGACGAUCGGCCCGCGCGUCCUCCGCCGCGACCCGAAAUCCCGAAAUCUUUUUGUACCGCUUAGGUUUAUUCCGUCGCUCGUAAGACUUUUCGACUAUGCGCUAGCACAUAAUAAUUUAUUUUCACGACGGUUCUCCAGAUUGUCGAGGACACAGCGAUCGCCUGAGAAGUUAGAAACGUCAUAUCAAUCGCGCAAGCAAAAUAUUUGCGAGAAGCAUAGCUGGUACGUGAUUGUCGUUAUUAUUUUCACAGUUUCCGCCGAUCGUUGAUACGCUGAAUCGCGCCGACCGCUUCGAAAGGCCGAAAAGAAGAAUAAGGGAGACUCCCGGGAAAGGAGUCUCGUUCCUGAGAUCUAAAAUAAUUUAUCAACUCGCUUUUACUCCGUCGCUAAUUAAGAUAAUCAAUGAGUAAUUCUUCAAGAGUGUCUUGUCUAUUGUGGGGAUGAUUUUUUAUGAAUAUAUUAGGCAUAUUUUUUGAUAUCAGCUUACAUGAUAUAUAGUCGAAAGCUCACUCAUUUCUAUAUAAAUGUCAUGUAUAUGUAUACAUCAAUAUUAUUAUUAUUAUUAUUGUUACACAUUAGUUAUUUUACGCGGGAUAAUAAUGACGACAAUCGCUACGAAUCGAUGUACCUCGAGUAUGAACUUUCGAAAGUAUAAGGUAAAAAAGUGAAAUAUAUGGAAGGUUUUUUUAAACGGUCGAUAUAUCGCGUCCCGUACGUUCCGUACGUCUCUACACGCGCGCGCGCGACAAUUCAAGAAGGAAAAGAAAAACAAUGAGAAACAUCCUCUACCUAGAUUUAUAUUCUAUUCUCUAGACUUUUACGAAAUUGUGAAUCAUGCAUUGUGAUAUUACUAUAUAGCCUACCUUGUAUAUUGUUAUUGCUACGUUACAAUUACUACGUAAUGCCACACGACUUUCCAUUUUUACUUCGACAUUUCUAUAUUUAUCUUCAUCUCUUCAUAUGGACAAUAUUGUAAUA